AUGCCACAACGUUGGCCUCCAGAGUUUUCUUUGAACUCCUGCCAUUCACCUUCUCUCUCAGGGCACUGUACUAACAAACCUGACUUGAUCUUCAAGUUGGAGCGAGGAGCAGAGCCAUGGAUGGUGGAAGAAUGCCUGAAUCAGAGCCUUUCAGUGGUCAUGAAAAGGGAUGACCUGAUUAGGAUCAACCAGGAAAGUCAGGACAAAAAUCUGAAUCAGGAUUCUGUGAAAAAAAACAAGACAUCAGAUCUCAAGAGAGUUGAAUUAAGAAAAACACUUAGUUUAAAUUCAAGCCAUAUUCCAACACUGAUUAUUGAAAAGAGAACCUAUUCAGGAUUGAAGCCUGAGGAAUGCAAUAAAUGUCACACUGUGUAUCCCCCCAGUGGGCCUGAUCAACUACAGGUAACUCAAAUAGAAAAAGCUAUCCAUGAAAACUCUAACCUCAAUAUGCAUCAACAAAAUCACACAAGAAAGAAAUUUUAUAAGUACAUUAGGUAUGUUGAACCUGUCAUUCACCAGUCACAUCUUGCAAUAAAUGACAGACUAAAUACAAGGGGAAAACUCUACACAUGUAAACUUUGCGGAAAAUCACUCAGUUUUAAUUCACCUUAUGAAUGUAAUGACUGUGAAAAAGCCUUUGGACAAAAGUCACACCUCAUAAACUAUCAGCAAAGUCACACAGAAGAGAAACUUUAUAAAUGCCUUCACUGUGGAAAAGGCUUUCUGUGGAAGUCAGUCCUCAUAGUACACCAGAGAAUUCACACAGGGAAGAAACCUCAUAAAUGUAAUGACUGUGGAAAAGCCUUUGGAAGAAAGUCAGACCUCCUCAUACACCAGAGAAUUCACACAGGAGAGAAACCCCAUAAAUGUAAUGACUGUGGAAAAGCCUUUGGAAGAAAGUCAGACCUCAUCAUACACCAGAGAAUUCACACAGGGGAGAGACCCUUUGAAUGUAAUGACUGUGGAAAAGCCUUUGGACGAAAGUCACACCUUGUAAUGCACCAGAGAAUUCACACAGGGGAGAGACCGUUUGAAUGUAAUGACUGUGGAAAAGCCUUUGGACAAAAGUCAAACCUUGUAAUUCACCAGAGAAUUCACACAGGAGAGAAACCUCAUAAAUGUAAUGACUGUGGAAAAGCCUUUGGACAAAAGCCAGACCUUAUGAGACAUCAGCAAAUUCACACAGGGGAGAAACCUCAUAAAUGUAAUGACUGUGGAAAAGCCUUUGGACAAAAGUCACAUCUCAUCGUACACCAGAUAAUUCACACGGGGCAGAAACCUCAUAAAUGUAAUGACUGUGGAAAAGCCUUUGGACAAAAGUCAGACCUCAUCAUACACCAGCGAAUUCACACGGGGGAGAAACCUCAUAAAUGUAAUGACUGUGGAAAAGCCUUUGGAAGAAAGUCAUGCCUCAUAGUACACCAGAGAAGUCACACAGAGGAGAAACCUCAUAAAUGUAAUGACUGUGGAAAAGCCUUUGGACAAAAGUCAGACCUCAUGAAACAUCAGAAAAUACACACAGGGGAGAAACCUCAUAAAUGUAAUGACUGUGGAAAAGCCUUUGGAAGAAAGUCACACCUCCUCAUACACCAGCGAAUUCACACAGGGGUGAAACCUCAUAAAUGUAAUGACUGUGGAAAAGCCUUUGGACAAAUGUCAUGCCUCAUAGUACACCAGAGAAGUCACACAGGGGAGAGACCCUUUGAAUGUAAUGACUGUGGAAAAGCCUUUGGACGAAAGUCAAACCUUGUAAUGCACCAGAGAAUUCACACAGGAGAGAAAGCUUAUAAAUGUAAUGACUGUGGAAAAGCCUUUGGAAGAAAGUCAUGCCUCAUAGUACACCAGAGAAGUCACACAGGGGAGAGACCCUUUGAAUGUAAUGACUGUGGAAAAGCCUUUGGACGAAAGUCAAACCUUGUAAUUCACCAGAGAAUUCACACAGGGGAGAAACCUCAUAAAUGUAACGACUGUGGAAAAGCCUUUGGACAAAAGUCAGACCUCAUGAAACAUCAGAAAAUUCACACAGGGGAGAAACCUCAUAAAUAUAAUGACUGUGGAAAAGCCUUUGGACAAAAGUCACAUCUCAUUGUACACCAGAUAAUUCACACAGGGGAGAAACCUCAUAAAUGUAAUGACUGUGGAAAAGCCUUUGGACAAAAGUCACACCUCCUCAUACAUCAGCGAAUUCACACAGGGGAGAAACCUCAUAAAUGUAAUGACUGGCAUAAACCUCAUGAAUAUAAUAACUGUGGAAAAGCCUUUACACAAAAGUCACACCUCAUCGUACACCAGAGAAUUCACUUGGGGCAGAAACCUCAUAAAUGUAAUGACUGUGGGAAAGCCUUUGCUAAAUCAGACCUCAUCAUACAUCAGCGAAUUCACACGGGGAAGAAACCUCAUAAAUGUAAUGACUGUGGAAAAGCCUUUGGAUGAAAGUCACAUCUCAUAGUACACCAGAGAAAUCACACAGGAGAUAACGCUCUUAAGUGUAAUGACUGUGGAAAAGCCUUUGGACAAAAUUCAUGCCUCAUAUUACACCAGAGAAUUCACAUGGGGCAGAUACCUCAUAAAUGUAAUGACUGUGGAAAAGCCUUUGGCUAUAAGUUAGGCCUCAUGAUACAUCAACAAAAUCACAGGGCAGAAACCUCAUGA